UGAUGAGGAUGGUAUGCUAGUCGAUAUAUCAGAUGAUGACGACAAUUCCAUUCCUUAUACUGCACACAGUGAUGAUAAUGAUUUCUAAUAUUGAAGUGGCAUGUAUAUGUCUUCCUUGCAUAAUAUUUAAUGAUGUGGCAAUUACAUUGAUGGCACCUAAGAGGCAGACUCGUUGGCCAUUUGGAUCCAUGUCACGUAGUAUAGAUUCACACCACGAUGAUUCACAAUCAGUUCCAUCCCAUCAUCCAAACCCAAACCCAGUCCCGCCACAUCUACAUCAUCCCGAAGAGGACUUGAUCCACUCACAAUCCAACCCCCAAAACUCACAUAGUCAGCAAGGUACAAGCUCUAUGUCAUCUACUGCCAAGAAAGGAAGAGGAAUAUCAAGACAAAUUUCAAAGUGGGGAAAGGAGAAGAUUCAUAUUGAAUUUGAUGCUCAAGGACAACCAGUUGGGGAGAUGGCAACUAAGUUGGAAACCCAACUAGGUGUGAUGGUAAGGAAUAUUGCUCCCCUUACAUUUACUGAUUGGAGAUCACCGGGGAUGGAACCAUAUAAGGAGCGCAUCUGGCAAGAGGUCUUGGAUAACACUGAUGUACCCACAACAUGGAGAUCAAUUUGCUUGCAACAUGCUUCCAAGAAGUGGAGAGAAUACAAAGCCACCUUGAAGAGGCAUUAUGAUUGUCAUGAGACAGAUAAGGCUCGCCUGUCAAAAAUACCGCCUGGGGUGGACCCAGAACAGUGGAAGGUUCUUGUGGAGUAUUGGGGAUGUGAGCAAGCACAGGAACGUAGUGUGACAAAUCGUGCCAAUCGAGAUAAGCAAAAGAUGGGUCACACCAGCGGUAGGCGAUCACAUCCUCAGGUUAGACACCAGAUGACUAUUGAAAGUGGAGAUGAGCCAGAUAGAAUCAAGCUCUUUAGAAAGACACACACCAAAAAGAGCGGAGAGAUAGUAGACUCUACAUCUUCAUAUAUAAUCGAACAAAUGGAUGAAAGGUUGUCACAAAUACCCACAGAUGAACAAACCCCAGAUUCGGUAGAGGAUGUCUUUACUCAAAUACUAGGCAAAGAUGGGCAUGGCAGGGUAAGGAUGGGAGGACUUGGAACAUGCCCAACUAAGGUUAGACAAAGACAACAGUAUCAAGUGCCUCAAGAGCAAUAUGACCAAAUGCGUGCACAAAUUACUGCCGAGCUAGAAGAAAAAUUUCAAGUUCAAAUCCAAAGUCAAGUUCAAAUGCAAGUUCGUGCAAUACUUGAGGCAAUGGGACAUAUACCACCAGCUCCAGACAAUACACCACAACCGAGACAGCCAUCUUCAUAUGCUAGUGCUUCUGCCACACAUGCAAGCACACCAUCACCCGAAGCUGAAUGCGCUGGAUUAUCGAUACCAGAAUGUGAUCAUCAUUUAGAGAUUAGUGAAUUUGUUCACUUGAUGAAUAGACGAAUACCUCACCACAUUGUUGCUGAGGCAAUUAUUGUGUCCAUUGAUCCAACCAAGUCUGUAGGGGGAGUAGAGCUAGGUAAUGAAUUUGUUGAAAUUAAUAUUCAGAAAGUGCUUAAGCCUUUAUAUCCAUUGCCUCGACAAUUUUCUGGGAUGCGUGUUUUGAGGGAUGUUAAUAACAGUAAAACUACGAUACCAUGGAGGGUCUCAGAUAUCGAAAAAAUAUGA